AUGUCGGGUCUCAUUUCUGACGAGAUCGCCGAGGACUACAAGAGCUCUCUGGAAGACUUGGUCACGAACGAUGCCUCCCAAAUCCGCAACUUGACCGUCAUUGCCAAGGAAAACACAGAAUAUGCACAAGCUAUCUCCCGGGUCUUGGAGAAUCACAUUAACUCAAAACAGACUCCACCACCUCAAAAGCUCCCAGCCCUGUAUGUAGUCGAUUCCAUUGUCAAGAACAUUGGUAGUCCCUACACACUAUUCCUGGGCCGGAACAUGUUUUCGAUCUUCAUUAAUGCAUACUCAUCGGUGGAUCCGAUGACUCGGAAAAAGCUGGAUGAGAUGCUCAACACAUGGAAGCAGCCGGCCCCGGGCUCCCUCGAUACUCGCCCUGUUUUCCCUCCUGAGCUCACACGCAACAUCGAGAGCGCCCUCAUCAAGGCGCGCACUGCAGCUCUACAACAGCAACAGGCUAGAGGUCAAACGGACCUUCUUGGCCGUCGCGGAAAUACAACUCCAACUGGGUGGAACAAUGGCCCGUCUCAGAACAUGCCUCGACACCUUCAGUAUCCCAAUAACCAUACCUCGACACCUCCCAUGAGCAACCGAGAUAUCGAUUUGAAUUACCUCAACCGAGACUUGGAUAGCUUGAUUACUUCUGCGAGGAACGACUUUGCCAAUAGCCCAUUCAACCCUGCCUGUCAACAACGCCUUAAAGCACUGCUAGAUCUCCAGGGUAUUCUACAGAGGCAGCAGUUGACCCAGGAACAGUUGAAACUUGUCCGCGAUCAGGUCUCCAUGCUUGCCGCCACCAAACCCCCAUCUCCCUCUAACGCUACUUCGAACGGUCCGGUAGCUCCUCCGCCAAUCCCUGCUCCACCCGUGCAACCAGUUUCUCAACCUCUUCAAAACCUGUUGAAUCCCGGAACUCUCGCUGAGCUGAUCAAAGCUACUGCUUCACGUCAACACCCAACUCCGCCUCCUCAAAUUCCUGCUGUACUGCCUCAGAUGCCCAUUCCUCAACAAAGCAGUACUCCACAGCCAGCUGCACCAGAGAACCCUCUUAUUGCGGCCUUAAGGGCGCGUGGUAUUUUACCUGGUGGCUCUGCAUCUUCGACACCGGUUCCUGGGCCUACAUUGCCGUUCAUGAUGCCCACUGGCAUGCAAUCUAUGCCGCCUGCUCUCCCGACUCAAACGCCUCCCUCUAAUGGCUCAUCUGGUGUUCCCAUGAACAACACAUCUCUGAGAGUUCCCCGACCUGGGCUCAUCGUCUCUCUCUAUGACUCUAGAUCAAACAGAUGUGGAACUUGCGGUCGUCGAUUCUUUGCUACCGAGGAAGGAAAGGAAAUGAAGGCACGCCAUCUGGAUUGGCAUUUCAAGACUAACCAGCGCAUGACUGAGGCUUCCAGGCGAGCCCAGAACCGUAGCUGGUACGUCGAUGAAAAGGACUGGAUCAAAUCUCGCGAAGCUGGGGACGAUAGCGGCGCUCUGGAUCCUCAAGCUACCGAAGGUGGCGAUGGCACAGACGGCGCUUCCAAGCAAGAGCCCCCCAAACCCUGGAUUCGGGCUCCGAACGAUGCUACGCUCCGCAAAACCCCAUGCCCCAUCUGCCAGGAGAUGUUUGAGUCGACUUGGUCCGAGGAUGUUCAGGACUGGAUCUGGCAAGAUGCUACUAAAGUGGGAGCUCGUGUCUUCCAUGCCAGUUGUUACGCCGAAGUUACGAAGGAUGGCCCUGCACCCGCGCGUGGUACGCCACAAGCGCGCACUGGCACGCCGGAUUCAGUGCUGGGCAAGCGCAAAGCGGAAGGAAUUGAGUCUCCAGGUCAGAAAACGCGUGUCAAAAUGGAACAAGCUUGA